AUGGAGCUGCCGGUUAACCAGUAUCCCGUACUGCUGGUAGACUACAUUUUGUCGUGGCGUCGCGGGCGCGUAUCGGGCGCUGCACUCCUCGGGGCGCGGGAAGGGAUGCCGUCGAUCUGGCGGCCGAACGUCAGAGUGACCCUCGAUGAGGAUGACGAAGUUGAGGACACGGAGAGGGGGGGAGAGGAGUUGACGAAGCGGGGGACGAAGCGGAAGAGAGCCCCUCCCACGAAGGGGCCGUGCGAGCACGGGGUGAAGUGGCGGUCGCAAUGCAAGGUGUGCCGCGGUUGUCCGCACGGGAAGAGGCGCUCUCAGUGUAAGGAGUGCGGUGGUGCAUCAAUCUGCGAGCACGGUCGUCAGCGCUCUACGUGCAAGGAGUGCGGUGGUGCAUCAAUCUGCGAGCACGAUCGAAUACGCUCUACGUGCAAGGAGUGUGGUGGGUCUCAAAUCUGCGAGCACGGUCGUCGGCGCGACAGAUGCAAGGAGUGCGGUGGGUCUCAAAUCUGCGAGCACGGCCUCGAGCGCUCUUACUGCAAGGAGUGCGGUGGGGGCUCAAUCUGCGAGCACGGCCGACAGCGCUAUCAGUGCAAGGAGUGCGGUGGGUCUGGGAUCUGCGAGCACGGUCGCGUACGCUCUAAGUGCAAGGAAUGUCGCGCGGUGAAAACUGAAACAUGA